AUGUCAAGUGGUUCGAAGCAGGUCGAAGACGAGGACGAUGAUUGGUUCGACAAGGAUGAAGACGAUUUCGUUGUGGCAGGAGGAACGGGCAAACCGAACUGUUCCGACGAAGCCGGCGGCUCAGACCGGGCCGCUUCCGUAGCAGAUCUGCUGGACAAUUUGAAGAUUUUCUCUGAAGAUUAUGACGGAAACUACGUUGAUCCGACGAAGAACGCCGGAUCACAGAAGGCUGGCGCUACGUUCGCGCUUGGCCGGAACGCAGCGACAAAGUACGUGCAAACCAUUCCCUAUACGAAGUUGAUGAACAUCGUGGAAUACGAUGCGCUCAGCCUGCUGGCCGAUGUGUACGUCCAACGGGAGGAGUUUGUGGCCACCUUGACGAAGAAAACGUACGGUGCCGAGCUGCUGCUGGUACUGAUGCGAAUUAUGAUCAAACUCAGCACUCUGCCGAUGUACGAAACGAUCCGUCACUUUUACGCGAUCCUCCUCGGGCAGGACCACUUUUGGGAGCAGCUGGCCCGGUUCCUCGAGCAGUCUCCGGAGGUGGAGAAACGGAAGAAGAAAAAGAAAACCAGCAUCGUGCGGCCAACAGUCGCGCGGACCGAGAUGGUCGAUGUGUUGCUGAAACUGUUGACCCAAGCCAAGCUGCACGUCGCUCUCGGUGGAACCGUUACGCGGUUUUGUCGCAAACUGAAGCAACUCGUGCCGGACAUGGACACUGCUCACCGGGAGCUUCUGGCAGCCCUAACCUCCUGUGCCGUUCCUGUGGAUGGUGGGACAACGGAUACGAUCAGUAUCUACCCAUCGAUCAAGGAUAUCAACCAGGAGGAAGGGCCCGCCCUGAAUCUGGAGCGAAACAUCGUCAAGGGACGGUUCCAAAGCGUGGAUCACUACCUGGAGGUGCACUUGAACCUUCUGAAGGAAGACUUUAUGAUUCCACUGCGCGUCGGUCUCGGUCAGUACCGGGCGUUUGUCGCAAAGCAUGGCAUCGAUGAGACGUUCGCGAACGAAAGCAUUCGCGUGCACUAUCCCGUCAAACUGCUGCUUCCGUCGCGGAUCAGCCGCCGCACACAGAAGGAGCAACUGAUCGUGGUCGAUCUGGAUCCGGCCAGGCGGGGCUUUGCGAAUGUUUCCGCUCGGUACACCCGGCUCGAUCUGUCAGCGUCCAAGCGGCUACUGCACGGAUCGUUGCUACUGUUUAGUAGUGGGCCAACAUUGACCGAUCUGAUCGUGGCGAUCGUUAGCCACCGUGAUAAUGCUGAUCUGAAGAAUGGUUUCAUUAACGUGGAGAUCAUUCGCAUCGAAUGGGGAAACGGGGCAUCGGGGUGCGAAGUGUUCAAUCGGCCGCUGCUGAUGGUGGAGAGUGAAAUCUUUUUCGAACCAUAUCACCAGGUUUUUAACGCAUUGCGCCGACUUCGGGCCGACAGUUUCCCGUUGAAGUCGUACAUCGUGGAUGUGGAACAACCGACGCACUGCUUGCCAGCGUACGCCACCAGCCAAACCGGCGCUCACUUCUUUCGGUACGCCGGCGUAGAGUUUGACCUGAAGCAACCGGAAGGUUGGCCGAUGGAGACGCUUGCCGGUGCCAUCGGGUUGAACGAUUCACAGUACGAGGCCUACCGGAUGGCUCUGACCAAUCGGUUCGCGCUGAUUCAGGGACCACCGGGAACGGGUAAAACAUUUAUUGGGCUGAAGCUGGUCGAAACGCUGCUCGCCAAUACCGAUCGGCAGCUGGUGCUGAUUUGCGUCACGAACCAUGCGCUCGAUCAGUUUCUGUGCGGAGUGAUACGGCAUACGGAGAGUGUGGUGCGAAUGGGCAAUCAGUCGAAACACGCACUGUUGGACGCGUACAACGUGAAGCAGCUGAACGAGGAUCAACCGAUCGACAAGUGGCUGCGGAUCGGAUACUACAACACCAAGCAGGAGUAUCUGAAGUUGCUCGAGCAGUUUGAAGAGCUGCAGAGUCAGCAACCGGAUUCGAAUGAUCUCAACAAAGCGCUAAUGGAGUGUAUGGAUCAAUUGCAGCAGGUUUCUCGACGUCUCAACGAGCUGAGUCAGCUAAGCAGCCUGAAGGCAAUCCGGGACAUUCGCGUGAUCGGUAUGACGACGACAUUUGCAGCCCGCAAUCGGGUGCUGCUCGAGCUGCUCCGCUCUCCGAUAGUGAUCAUCGAGGAGGCAGCCGAAGUGCUCGAAGCACACAUUGUGGCCUCGCUAACGAAGCACACACAGCACUGCAUCCUCAUCGGGGACCACAAACAACUGCGGCCAACGACCAGCACAUACGUUAUGUCCGCUCGCUACAAACUCGAUCUAUCGCUGUUCGAACGAAUGAUCAACAAUCGGUUCAGUGUGGCCACCAUGACGCUGCAGCAUCGAAUGCGCCCGGAACUGGCGAACCUUCUGCGACCCACCAUCUACCGAGUGCUGGAGGAUGCGGAACCGGUCACCCUGUAUCCCCCGAUCGUGGGUAUGCGGCAAAGUUUGUACUUCCUAACGCACACCUUCCCCGAGGAGGGUGGCGAUGAGAAAUCGAAACGGAACACGUUCGAGUGUAGGUUUGUGCUGGCGCUCUGUGAGUACAUUCUCGCCCAAGGACCCUACGUGGCCGAAGACAUCACCAUCUUGACGGCGUACAACGGCCAGAUGCUCCAGCUGGUUACGGAACGUAAAGCUCGGCCAGCACUCCACGGUGUACGGAUUGCCGUGAUCGACAGCUUUCAGGGCGAAGAAAGUAGGAUCGUGUUGCUUUCGCUGGUGCGCAGCAGCAGCAGCAGUCAUCCGGGCUCCGAUACGAUAGGGUUCCUGGCGCACGAGAAUCGUAUCAGCGUGGCGCUUUCCCGAGCGAGGGAAGGAUUGUACAUCGUGGGCAACAUGUCGCUGCUUGCCGGCUGUUCCCGCAAGUGGGCCGCAAUAGAGCGGAUACUACGCGAUCAAACAGCUAUCGGCCAAUCGAUGCCACUACAGUGUGCCGAACAUGGAACCGUUGUGGAGGUGAAGCACCCGGAAGAGCUGGAACAGCUGAACCGCGAUCGCAGAUGUGCGUGCAGCUUAUCAGUCAUCGGCCCUUGA